CAAAAUGAAGACUGACAAGCCUCGCAAUGCUAUGCCAUGUUUGAAAAAAUGUGUACAGGCAAUACCAUCGGCAUUACUUGUUGCUCUAAUUUUUUGGACUUAUUAUACCUAUUUAGUAGAGUUUUGUAUAUUAGAACUAAAAAGCUACUCUACGCGACAGAUGAUAUAUUUGAUAAUUGGAAAUAUUUUCUUCCUCAUGUUCAUCUGGUGCUAUUUCCAUGUCAUGUUGUGCAGAGGGAAUUAUAGGAUCCCCACAGAAUUCAAGUUGUCACCUGUGGAGCAUAACAGACUUCUUUAUUUAACACCUUUAAAGCAGAGCGAAGUUUUAGAGCAUUAUGUUCAAAACAGGCAUAUCACUUUGUGGCUUAGAACUGUGGAUAAUUUGAUAAGAUAUUGCAUGAAAUGUCAUUUAAUAAAACCUGACAGAGCUCACCAUUGCUCGGCUUGCGAAAGGUGUGUUCUCAAGAUGGAUCAUCACUGUCCUUGGACCAAUAAUUGCGUUGGCUUCGCAAAUCAAAAAUCAUUCAUGUUGAUGCUUAUGUAUGGAAUACUGGCAAGCACGUUCUUCUCAGCAAUAGUAACCCACCAUUAUCUUCAGAUGGGUUUGAUAAAACCAGAUCUUCAUACUGGUUUAAUAUGUUCAGGAUUAGUAUCAUCUCUGAUAAUCAUAGUAGGAGGGUGUGCGAUGUUACAAGAACAGAUUUAUAAUCUGUUAAAAAAGAAUGAAACUUUCUUAGAAUCGUAUCAAAAACAGAAGCAGACAAUCAGAUUUGAAGAUGAACGUUUGACCUUCAAUUUAGGAUAUAAAAGAAAUUUCGUAGACUGCUUUGGGAAGAAACGGUGGAAAUGGUUAAUCCCUAUAAGUACAACAUACGGUAACGGACUUGUAUACAGAGUGUGUCAUAAAAAAAAUAAAGCAAAUCUUGCAUGACUUCAAUUCAGCGACCCCUCAUGA